GAGCCCAUCACACAGUGAGUGCCAUCUUCUUCCACCACGUCCCUUUCCUCUUGCCACCACGGUCCUAUCCAUCCAUCGCCUUGCUUACGUCGUCCAGGCGACAAUGGUUCUAAUUGGCUUCUGUGUUGCGGUGGUCCCACUGCUAUCUCCCCCAAGUCUGGAUUCUCACCACCAAGAGCCUCUCUGACCUGUGAAUCAACUACAACCCCCAACAACAAGAAGUUCCACUGCUUCCAAUUCCAUUAUCUCUUUUUGACAGAAUUCAAAUGAAGAAACUUGAUUCCUCUUCACAAUUGUGGGGUCACUAUUCACUAUCUGCAUAUACUUGUUCUGUGCAUAUAACUGGUGCAUGUAUUCCCAACCCUUUUAGUAAGUUCAAGGGAAUUAGGGUUUCUCGGUCCGGUACCGAGUUGUCAGACAUUUCACGUUCAAGUCAAACUGAUCAUUCCUUUAAUUGCUCAAAUAAAUAUUUAGGUAAUAAGAGUUUGGUUUUGGAAGACUCUAAUUUUAAUGGUCGCCAAUUUAGGAGGCGCGGGAGAAGUGUUUGGAAAAAAUCUCGAGGCGUAAAGAAUGUGGGCAGUGAUGACUUACGAGAACGAGAAGAAGAAAAAAAGCCUGUGAUUGUAGAUGAGACAACUAGUGUAAAUUUUGUUUCCGGUGUUGAAAAUGCUUUAGAUGUUGAUAGUUAUGCUAUUGAGCCUGACUUGAGUUUGGAGCAUUGCAAUUUGAUCUUGAAACGCUUAGAGAGGCAUAGUGAUAGUAAAGCUCUAAGGUUUUUUGAGUGGAUGAGAAGCAAUGGAAAGUUGAAGCAGAAUCUAACUGCUUAUAAUUUAGCCCUCCGAGUGGUGGGUAGGAAGGAGGACUGGAGUGUGGCAGAUGCGUUGAUUCGUGAGAUGACUACUGAUUCAGGUUGUGAACUCAACUUCCAGAUUUUUAACACACUUAUUUAUGCAUGUUUUAAACAGGGGCAUGUGGGUUUGGGUGCAAGGUGGUUUCGCUUGAUGUUGGAAAAUGGUGUUUGUCCCAAUGAGGCUACAUUUGGCAUGCUCAUGAGUCUUUAUCAGAAGGGUUGGAAUGUUGAGGAAGCGCAAUUUACAUUUUUCAAAAUGAGGAAUUUCGGACUUAGAUGCCAAUCUGCAUAUUCAGCGAUGAUCACAAUCUAUACUCGUCUGGGUCUGUAUAAUAAGGCAGAAGAAAUUAUAUGGUUCUUGAGAGAGGAUGAAGUAAUUCUGAAUAUGGAGAAUUGGUUGGUAUUACUGAACGCAUAUAGUCAGCAAGGCAAGUUGGAGGAGGCUGAACUGGUAUUGGUUUCAAUGCAAGAAGCUGGAUUUCCCCCAAAUAUAAUUGCAUACAACACAUUGAUCACUGGAUAUGGGAAGAUAUGUAAAAUGGACGCUGCACAAUGCUUGUUUCAAAACCUCGGAGCUGUUCAAAUAGAGCCUGAUGAAACAACUUACAGGUCCAUGAUUGAAGGGUGGGGUCGAGCCAACAGCUACAAGGAGGCAAACUGGUACUAUAGGGAGCUCAAACAGGCAGGAUUUCAACCUAACUCAUCCAACAUGUACACAAUGAUAAAUUUGCAAGCCAAUCACGAGGAUGAAGAGGCUGCCAGUACAACACUCGAGGAUAUGAUGAUGAUGGGUUGUCAAUAUUCCUCUGUCCUUGGUAUUCUUUUACAAGCAUAUGAGAGAGCCGGAAGGUUUGAUAAAGUGCCUCGAGUUGUGAAAGGUUCCUUUUAUGAACAUGUUCUGUUUAAUCAGACAUCAUGCUCAAUUCUUGUCAUGGCUUAUGUGAAACACUGCUUGGUGAGCGAUGCAAUAAAAAUUUUACAGGAAAAAAAGUGGAAGGAUCAAUCUUUUGAGGAUAACUUGUACCAUUUAUUAAUUUGCUCAUGCAAAGAUUUGGGUCAUCUUGAGAAUGCGGUCAAGAUAUAUGCCCAUAUGCCAAAAUCUGACGAUAAGCCAAACUUACACAUCAUAUGCACAAUGAUGGGCAUUUACAGUGUGAUGAAUUUAUUCACAGAAGCGGAGAACCUUUAUCUGAAGUUAAAAUCGGCAGGUGUAGCCUUGGACAUGAUUGCUUUUAGCAUUGUAGUAAGAAUGUAUGUCAAAGCUGGACGUAUAAAUGAUGCUUGUUCUGUUCUAGACACAAUGGAGAAACAAAAGAAUAUUGUUCCAGACAUUUAUCUGCUCCGUGAUAUGCUCCGUAUUUAUCAACAAUGUGGGAUGCUAGAUAAAUUGGCAGAUCUUUAUUACUACAAGAUUGUAAAGACUGGAGUCAGUUGGGAUCAGGAAAUGUACAACUGUGUGAUAAACUGCUGUGCUUAUGCCUUGCCAGUCGAUGAGCUUUCAAGGAUUUUUGAUGAGAUGCUUCAGCGUGGUUUUGCACCUAAUACCAUUACGUUCAAUGUUAUGCUCAAUGUUUAUGGAAAAUCCAGGCUUUUUAAAAAGGUUAGGAAGGUGUUCUGGAUGGCUAGAAAGCGAGGCUUGGUUGAUGUUAUCUCUUACAAUACUAUUGUUGCUGCAUAUGGGCAAAAUAAGUGCUUAAAGAAUAUGUCAUCAACUGUUAGAAAAAUGCAGUGUAAUGGUUUUUCAGUUUCUCUUGAAGCCUACAAUUGUAUGUUGGAUGCCUAUGGAAAAAAUGGCCAAAUGAAGAAUUUUACAAGUGUUUUGCAGAGGAUGAGAGAGUCAGGCUGUGCUUCAGAUCACUAUACGUACAAUAUUAUGAUUAAUAUAUAUGGAGAACAAGGAUGGAUUGAAGACAUUGCUGGUGUGCUAAUGGAAUUGAAAGCAACUACUGGUCUUGGGCCUGACUUGUGCAGCUAUAACACAUUGAUAAAGGCAUAUGGAAUAGCAGGACUGGUUGAAGAUGCUGUGGCUUUGGUAAAGGAAAUGAGGGAAAGUGGGAUAGAACCCGAUAGAAUAACCUACACUAAUCUGAUCACAGCACUGCGGAGGAAUGAUAAGUUUUUAGAGGCUGUUAAGUGGUCAUUGUGGAUGAAACAGAUGGGCUUGUGAUGUCCCUGAAGCUAAUUUAUAAUAGUCUUUUCGUGCUGUGCUCUUUUUGCCUCUACUCACCCGGUCACUUCAGCUACUGCCUCUACUAGCAGUACAUAGUUCAAAUUUUUAAGUCCUGUGGGUGAGCGGGUUAUUCAGUAUCAUAUUUGCUAGUAAAACGAUUUGAUUGGAUUCAGAAGAACAGUGAUGAAGUCUUGUAGCUGAUACCAGGUUCUGUUGACCACAAUAAUAUACUUUCAGUUGUCUUGAAUCUAUCUGAUGAUCAGAUUUCUCUCACUUAUUCAUAUUAUGCCUUCCUUGUACAUUGAAUUUCUAAAUUGAUUAUCUAAGCACUAAUUGAUGACAUUAUUGUCUCAAUUUACUUUCUGGUGGGGGCAGGAUGCUGGUGUUGCCUGCUAUCUUAUUAUUGGGCAAAAUCCACCUUACCCCCUGUGGUUUAACCCUGUAUCACUUCACCCUCUUGUCAUUUAAAAAUAGUCAAUUACCUCUUAUGUGAUUUUGGACUAAAGUGUGACACUAACGCUUCGUUUGUUCAGGCGGAAAACGUUUUCUACAAAAUGUUUUUGUAUUUUCUGGUGUUUGGUACAAUGAAAAAUGAAAGUUAACGGAAAAUAUUUUCCAUGGUUAAUGAAAAACAAGCUUAUUUGGGCAAAAAAUGUUUUCCACUUUUAAAAGACAGAAAACGUUUUCUCGAUUAAAAUUUUAUCAAUGUCACCACACCACCGCCACCACCACUCUCACCUCCACCACCACACUACCAUCACCACGGCUAGUAACCAUCAUCACUGUCGCCAUCACCGCCGCCGUCACCCCACUACCAUGCCACCAGCUCAUAAUAGCUCAUUAUCUCAAUCAAGGAACAAAUCAGAAUAAUAUAAUUUCCUAUUUUAACACUCUCCCUCAAGCUGAUGUGAAGAUAUCUCUCAUGCCCAGCUUGUUGAGAAUGUCAUGAAAUGGUUUGCUCUCUAUCCAUUUGGUGAGAAUAUCUGCUAGCUGGUCUCCAGUUUUCACAAAUGGAGUACAUAUGGUGCCACUAGUGAGCUUUUCCUUGAUGAAGUGCCUAUCAAUCUCUACAUGCUUGGUUCUGUCAUGUUGUACCGGAUUAUGAGCUAUGUUGAUCGCCGCCUUGUUGUCACAGUACAAUCUGAUGGAAUCAGUUUGAUGGAUCCCCAAAUCUUCUAACAAUAGUCUAAUCCAUAACAACUCACAUACAUCCUGAGCUAUGGCUCUGAAUUCUGCCUCAGCACUAGAUCUAGCAACCACAUUCUAUUUCUUACUUCGCCGUGUGACUAAGUUGUCUCCAACAAAUGUGCAAUAUCUAGAAGUUGAUCGUCUGUCAGUGACUGAUCCAGCCCAAUCCGCAUCAGUAAAUGCCUCCACACUGUGAUGGCCAUGUUUCGAGAAAUAGAGACCCUUUUCAGAAGAGGAUUUCAGGUACCUCAGGAUUUUCAUAACCGCCUCUAAGUGGGAAGUUGUAAGGGCAUGCAUAAACUGGCUGACCAUGCUCACUGCAAUGGCAAUGUCUGGACAUGAGUAGAAUAAGUAUAUGAGCUUACUUACUAGCCUCUAAUGGCUUCCCCUGUCCACUGGCUCUCCCCUUUGAUCCUUACUUAGUUUUUGGCCCGGUUCUAGAGGUGUAUCACAUGGUCUAUCUCACAGCAUCCCAAUUUUCUUAAGCAAGUCAAGUACAUACUUCCUCUGGCAUAUGAAGAUGCCGUCCUUGGACCGAGUUACUUCAAUACCCAAGCAAUACUUCAAAUGACCUAAGUCUUUGAUUUUAAACUCCUUGACCAAGUAUUCUUUCAACCGAGGGAUCUCCUCAACAUCAUUCCCUAUUAGAACAAUAUCAUCAAUAUAAACAAUAGGAGCUGUGGUCUUACCAUAUGCAAAGUGUUUCACAAAUAAAAUGUGAUCAGCUUGACUUUAUUUGAACGCAUAUCUCAGUAUAACUUGAGCAAACCGUUCAAACCACGCCCUAGGCGAUUGCUUUAGCCCAUAAAGUGACUUUUGGAGCUUACACACUUUACCUUUAGACUUAGCAUCCUCAAAACUAGAGGGAAUAUCCAUAUAGACAUCUUCUUCUAGAUUUCCAUGUAGGAAGGCAUUCUUCAUAUAAAAUUGAUGAAGUGGCCAAUCCAAAUUUAUUGCAAGAGAGAGUAGUAUUCUCACAGAGUUCAUCUUAGUAACUGGAGAAAAUGUCUCUUGGUAAUCUACUCCAUAAAUCUGAGUGAAGCCCUUAGCAACCAGUCUUGCCUUGUACCGUUCGACGGAACCAUCUACGUUGUGUUUGACAGUAUACACCCAUUUACACCCAACUAGAUGUUUGCCUCUAGGUAACUCCACUAACUCCUAAGUGCCAUUCUUGCUGAGAGCUCUCAUCUCCUCUAUCAUGGCAUGUUUCCAUUUAGGAAUAGAGAGAGCAUUUUGAAAAUUGUUAGCCAGACUCACAUAAGAAAUCUUAGACAAAACGGCUUUAUAUGAGGGAGACAAAUUAAAAUAAGAGACAUGAUUCGUAAUAGGAUACUGAGUACAUGACCUAACCCCCUUCCUAUAAGCAAUGGGAACAUCAAGAUCUAAAAACUCAAGAAUAAGAGCACUAGGAUCAGAAUUACUUGGACUCUCAGGAAAGGGGGGGCGACUCUAGACACUCAUCCGAGGAAGAAGUUGGCAAUAGAGGAGGGAAAGUAGUCUCUUGCAUCCAGGUGACUUUUUGUCUGUCCUUGUCUCUGAUGUACACUUUGCCUGCUUCAACAACUGCUGGCUCAUCAUCCUCUAUCUGUUCAAUCACCGACAAAAGUGGAACAAGAAUCUUUUCACACCAAGACUUCCCCUGAAGGGAUGAUUAGGACACUGGAGAGGGUAGAAAGUAAGACUGAGACUCGAAAAAGGUGACAUUCAUGGAGACAAAUUAUUUGCAAGUGGGAGGAUGAUAACAGUUAUAACCCUUUUGUGUGGUAAAGUAACUCAGGAAAACACACUUAAUAGACCUAAGAUCCAAUUUACCACGAAUGGGUGAAUGGUUAUGGACAAAACAAACACAACCAAAGGUCUAAGGGGAAAUGGAGAACCCAGAAGAUGUGGACUCGAACAGAACUUGAAGAGGUGUUUGUUUUUGAAGGACUUUGGUAGGAAGACGAUUAAUCAAAUAAGCUACAGUGAGAACCACUUCCCCCCAAUAGGAUCUAGGAACACGCAAGGUUGUUAAAAUCGGGAUCCUACGUUGGAUCGUUGGAGGUGUUUAUAGGAUCAGAUCGUAGAAUCAGAUCGAGAAUCGUAAGAUCCUACUGAAAAAGAAAAAUUACAUAAUAAUUUAAUUUAAAUAAAUAUUUCCUACAAAGUAUACACAAAAUGAACCUAUAUUCUAUUAAAAAGAAGUGAAGAUAUUGUGAAAAAUAUAAUACUUCAUGUAAAAUGUACCUAUAAUAUUAUGCAAUAGAAAACUCGAUGGUAAAAGUUCUGUAUUUCAUCAAAAAAGAAGGUGAAGAAGAAGAAGAAUUCUAUAAUAAAAUACUUUACAAUGUACAAUAAUGCAUAAAAAGUGAAGAAAAAAUAUUUAACAAAAUUGGAUAUGAAAAUAGAUUAAGAACUCAAAAGAGUAGCUUAGUCGAAUGAUAAGGUUUGCAGUUAGCAUCCCUGGUGGAGCAGAUUCGAGUCACAAAAAUAAUUUCUCCAAAAAUUGGGAUAAAGUUGCAAUCAUCUUACCCUUCUUAAACUCCGCUAAAGUUAAGUUUGUUUUUCCGACUAUUUAAUUUUCUUAAAUUACCGCAAUAUUUAAAGGUUUGUUUCCUAAUUUGUUUUUUUUAGUCUAUUUGAUUCAAUUCUACUUAAUUUUUAUUAUUUAUUUUGACGACAUAAAUUAGUAUUUAGACAACAAACAUAAAAUUUACAACAAAAUAUGUCAUACAAUACAAAACAAGGCUUGUAAAUUGGAUCGGAUUGGAUCGGAUUCGGAUCGGGAUUCUACGAUUCUAUAAGAUCUCACUACCAGGAUCGAAAGAUCCUACCUAUAAGGAGUUUUUUACACGAUCCGGAUCGAUUGCACUCAAAUGGAUCAUAAGAUCGUAGGAUCGUAAGAUCCGGAUCGGGAUUCUGAUAACCAUGAUAGAAACAGAUAGGAGCACAAAUUUGAACCAAAUUCUCAAAAUCUGUAGAACACUUCCUAAUGAAUGAUAGAUUGCUCUGAUACCAAGUUAUAAUGUAUAAUGAAAAAAUUUACUGUUAGGGUUUAUACGGUUUAAGAGAGAGAAGUGAGGGUGAGUAAUUUUUAUAUAUAUCUGGAAUGAUUGUUCACUCUACAUCAGCAAAAAUAUAUAUACAAACCCUAACAUAAUGAAAUGACCAUCAUACCCUCAACUUAAUUAAAUAUUAACAGAAGAAAAUAAAACAGAGAAAAUAACUAUUCUAUCAAUCUUUCAUUUACUCGUCAAACUCAUAUAUUUUUGACAUUCUAAGUAGAACAUAAUUGCUUGACUUGGCCAUUCAUUUUUCUGUUUAUGCAUUAACCUUUGACAAGGAGAUGGGCUUACUCUUGGUUAUUAAAAAAAAAAAGAAAAAAAAAGAAAGAGAGACAAGAGAGAGAUUGAAUUUUUCAAUGUUCUUUCCAAUGCAGGUUACAGAGGGAUGCUUUGCCCUUGUUUAAUAUGUUGAGAAAGACUUACAAGUCCAGCAUUGAUAUAGAACCUGUAUUGAAUGAGUUGCUCGAUGGAAUUGCGGAGAAGUUUUAUGGAGUACGGCGCAGAAAUCCCCUGCAAGGGAUUUUUGGAGAUUUCUUCAAGAUGAUGGGUGGUGAUGGCAUGUAACAUACUAUUGCAGUCUUUUGCUACUCUGAAUAAUGAUCCAACAUUGUUAUUCCAUAGUGCUGUUACAUCAGUUGAUGUGUUUGACCCUUUUGGAAGCAGUUUUCUGGAAGCUCUGAAUGUUGUCUGUCAUUUUGUUUUUUAUUUUGUGGUUUUGUUUUGUUGUUUUUUUUCUGUUUUAGGGUGUGUGGAAAAAAACUGUAUAAUUGUUGACAGUAGAAAAUGUUUGAUUUGCGCUUGUACCAUUUGGAAGUGUUCUAUUUAAUAUAUCAAAUCCAGCAGUAAAUCAGCACAAUAGGCUUGAAAAGUAAUAACUAUUAGUAUUAUAUAAAACAGGUACUUUUAUUGUGUUAUUAAUA